UACAGAUUUAGAGUUUGGAAGAAUUCGAGUAGAAUCACAUCAAGCAUAAUGGGGAGUAUCACCAUAGUAACAACAUUCCUCUUCCUCAUCAUCACUACAUCCUCCGUGCUGGCACGACCGCACAUCCGACCCCGUCUUACAUUGGCCGACUUAGACGAAGAUGGCGCUAUACCACAGGACAAUCUUGCUGAUAUUGACGAACCUGUCGAGGAAAUACCUCAAGAUGUUCGUUUUGAAGUGGUCGAUCUACCGUCGCAUUUCAACACCUAUGAUCAGAACAAUGACGGAAAGGUUAGUCUUCUGGAGCUAACGAUCGUAACGGGAACAAAAGAGUCAGAUGCUAUGAGACCUUUCAACGCAGCAGAUACAAACCAUGAUAAUAGAAUAUCGUUUAAAGAAUUCCAGGAAGCCCCUUGGGUCUUUGGUGUGUCACAAGAACUCGAGUUUCUCACCCAAUUCGAUCGCUAGUUGCUCUAAAAGGAAGAUCAACUCUAAAA